AUGGCAUCAAAAGGAAAGGAAGCAGCAGCAAGUAAAGAUGCUACACCUACCAAUCCGCGGGGCAUCCCCUAUGCCCCGUUUGUCGAUAAGGUCGAGGACUAUGUUACCACACGAGAUGACGUCGAACCCACUCUCCGCAGUUUCCAAGAGAUGAUCUCAACUGGCGCUGACCGAGCAUGGCGGGGUAGGAAAUACCAAUUCAUGGAGAUGAACCUACAGAAGCGAAUGGGCGGCCUUAAGGACAAAAUCCCUGAUAUUCAGAAGACUCUCGACUCGGUCAAGUUUCUCAAGCUAAGAAAGGACGAUGAUGAAGCGAUAGAGACAACAUUCGAGCUUAACGACACCUUGUAUUCAAAGGCGAAGAUACCCGCGACUGAGGAGGUCUAUAUCUGGCUCGGAGCCAACGUCAUGCUCUCAUACCCCAUAGACGAGGCGGAGACACUACUGAGCUCUAAGCUCUCGACAGCAAAGACAAGCUUGUCAAACUGCGAAGAGGACUUGGACUUUCUUCGCGAGCAGAUCACGACCAUGGAGGUCGCUGUAGCUAGAGUUUAUAACUGGGAGGUGGUACAGAAGCGAAAGGACAAGGCAGAAGAGGAUGAAGAGAAGAAGAAGGGCAAUUCCAUUCAGUCUCGUCGGUCAUCUUCCAUACUCGACAGCAUCGAAGCUGUAAUAUCCGAGCGUCGCCGCAGUCAUGAUAGACUUCCAUCCAAGGCCGAGCUUAAAAUUCAAUUAAAACGAGACCGAGAUCGAGAAGAUGUCACUAGCCCAGAAGCUCAGAAGGUUGAAGAUGCGAUACUGCAGCGUCGCAUGGAGGUUGACCGAUCCUCACUGAACCCUGGUUUCAAGCGAAAGUUAGUCAAUGAUCGAAAAGACACAAAUGCCGAACAAUUCACAUUACCGUUGAACAACAUGCGCGACCGAAUAGAGCGAAAAUUAAACAUGCAAAAAAGAUGGGCAGAGCAAAGUCCUCCCACUUUACUCCGCAGAUAUAUUGCAAUAACCGACCCGGAUCCAUCAUUACAGAGAAACGUCGCCAGUAUUCGGAGUAUGCGCCUACCUAUCGUCUUGUUGCAAAUGCAUAUUCGACGACAAGUAGCAGCCGAUCCGAUAGGCAUGGAAGAGGUCGCCAAAGCCCUGCACCCAGAAGAGGAAUGGAAGCGUUUGAUGGGUGUGAUGGAGUACAACGGACAUUCGCAAGAACGUCUGAACGAAUACGUCGAUAUUCUUUUCGCCAGAACUGAUGAAGAGCGAUGUCACUUGUUUCUGGUAGAUUCGAGUGUGAAGCCUGGCUUCAUUUUCAGCUAUGUGUCAAGAUUGUCAUCGAGGAUCAGACAAGUCUCGACCUUGGAUGGUUUACUGGAAUACUUCAGAAGGAGACUGAAGACUACGGCAGAGAAGAAACGAAUCACGGAUGUGAGAUUGUAUAUCGAGGGGCGUGCACGCACUCAAAUGCAGAAAUUCGCACCAAAAGAGGUCAUGGAGCAUAUGGAACGGCUCGCUUUCCACUGUCGUCGCAUAGAACCGAGGCGUUUAAUUGUUCUCGCUGAGAUAAUGGCAGAGUUUAUUGUAGAGCUGGGAGCCAAUUCUCACGGCGCCUCGGAGAUAACCCCGGCGACUGAGCCCACGGCAGAAGCAUACCACGCACAAUGCAGAUUCUUCAAUGAUUCACUCAGAACUAUCGCUUCUCGGAUGGGAUCUGGGGCGGAGCAUAAGGCGAUACCAUAUGCGUACAUCUGGGCGGCCCAACAUAUCCUUCUGGCGAUGUCUGAUAGUCUCCCGCAACCCUUGUCGGUAGACAGAAACGGGUUUGAGGCCAUCAGAGCUGUUCUGGCUGGAAUGCCUAAGAAUAUGGAUGAACGGCAUGCCGCAUCUCGACACUCAGAGUCGUGGCCUCCGUACUUGGUACCGGCGGAUGGCAUCGAUGAGGCCAUGGAGGCCGAGGAAAGCUGGUCUCGCGUUGUUCGAGCAGGGAUGAUGAUGCAGGAAGCGGGAUUUCCUAAACAGGAGGUCGACGAAGUCAUCGAUAUUCUAUACGGUCUGGCACCCGAUGGCAGUCCAACAAUCCAGCAGCGGGUGCAAAUCAACACAGCCCGGAAGGUGUCAGCCUGGGCAGCAUCCAUCAGAGCGACGAGGAAUGCUCAUGAAGCAUGGCAGCGGUUCAACAACCCCCCGGAGCCAGGCAUGAAGCCUGGGGUACUCGAAUAUACCGCCAUGUUUCAAAGGUUAUACGCCAGGGAAGCUGAUCCUCGUCACGGCACAUUGCCCGGAGAUAACCAUCUUAACUAUCUCACGAAUGAAGACAAAAACUUGACAGAGUUGGAAAAGUUGCGACUGCAGCCUCCGACACCAGGAGAACUGUAUAGCAUGAUGGUGGAAGACGACAUCCGCCCGGACGAACAGUGCCUUCGCAUCUUGGUCUCUAACGCUGAGAAUGUCGCUGCAGGUCAUCGGUAUUUAGAGGACGGCAGCACUGCUCGAAAGAACUACCACGCAUUGACGAUGGCCUUUCCUUCAACUAAUCAAUUGAGGAAAAUCCCCUUACCGCUGUUCUCAGCCUAUAUGGAACUCCUCUCCAAGAUCCCUAAUCUUGGCGGUAAGAAUCUCAUACGUGCUAUCCGGCUCGCAGAGCGUCGCCUGAGCGGCAACAAUGCUAAUUGGUCAUCCUAUGUGUGGGCGCCUAUCUUAAAACAACUUGCGCAGCACCAUGGACGCUUACAACUUACCCUCGAGGCACAGCUCCGUCUGUGGUUAUAUGUCGUGGAUCAUAUCGAUGUCGAUAAGUCCAUGAACCUGGUUAUUGUUAACGAGCUCGCCAAAACUUUACGGAAGAUCUUGCGAAGAGAGGUGGAGAAGCUGGCAGAGACUCUGCCAACAGACAAGGCGGACAGCAACUCAUUCGCGCUUCAUUACGAGGCCCAGGCCAUUGAGGCUGGUAAGAACACCAAGUACAUCAGGAAUGUGCCAGAGCACUCGGCAUUGUCAAUGUUUGAAAUUGUUGGGGAACGGUUAAUGGGCCUGUUCUACUCCGUUGUCUUGAAGGAAAAAGAGGGAUCACGCCCAGCAGAUAGCUUACACGUGUCACACGCGGACAUGAUGCGAGCGCGAAGGGAUCCGGUGAUGCCAUCUGUCGCCCACAAUUUGAUGCUGGCGCUGGCGUUUGCAGGGGAAGUCAGGGCGAUGUCAGACAUGAUGAAGUGGCUCAUCCGGGAGUGGAGCUUGCCGGAGCUUCAAGAAGAGAUACAGAACAUGGGGGAGCUGCCGCAAGACUUGGACAUGAUCGAAACGUUGUGUGCGUUCCGUGCAUUUGCGGAGCCUUUGAUCAGACGUCGAAAGGUCAAGCAAGUCUUUGAAGGCGUUAUGGAGAACAGAAUAUGGGAGUGGCCGGAUGACACGGUGGUGGACAAGUACAUCGAAAGCCAUGGAAACGGCGUGAAGGAGUUGAGGGACGUCUCAACCUGGGCCCGCGAACGAUUUCUCCAUUACAGGAACAACAAGAUUACCGAUGUCCACGAUCUGAACAUAGAUUGGAUAGUCACAGAGCACAAGACUUCGAAAGAGCAGCGUGAUGCUGUCAAUGAUCUCAGAAGAAGAGUAUUUUCUGAGGAUGCGGACGAGAUGAUAGAGGAGGAGGAGGAAGAGGAAGAAGAAAGGGAAGAGUCAUCAUCUCCAGGCCAAGUGGCGUAG